AAUUUCACAAUAAAAAAAGUGUUUUCAUUUGGAAUGAACAGCAUAGGAAUUUUCAUUUUUGUUUUAUAUCAAUGAUUGAAAAAAGAUUACAAAUAACGUAAAAAAAAUGGACCAGUGGCUAAAAAAGGGUUUGGCCGAAUGUUUGGGUUUUGAUGUGCCUGAUGACAUGAUUAAGUAUGUGCUAACCUUAAAAGAGGAAAACACAAUCGAUGAAUACUUUGAAACACUGUUAGAUGUCUCGGUGCAUCGUACAUUUAUAGACGAGUUCAAAAAGCGUGCUCUCCCAAAAAAUGCGAAAAAUAACAAUAAUAGAAACAAAGGCAACCAAAAUAAAUCGAAUGUGUUGAAGCCAGAAUAUGAAAAGGUGUCAUCGGAAAAGAGAAUUGCAAAAUCAUCAAAUACCCAAUCAAACUCGAUUGCAACGAAUGAAAUCACAAAGAAGAAAACAAAAUAUGUAAAUUUGUAUGGUGAAAAUGGAAAAAUGAAUGAUGUGAUUACGUUGAAAGGUCGCCAUUCAUGUAAUUGUGAGGCCUCAAAACACAAAUUGAUUAAUAAUUGCAUUCAAUGCGGUAGAAUUGUUUGUGAUCAAGAAGGGAGCGGUCCAUGUUUGUAUUGUGGUAAUUUAGUGUGCACAGAUGAUGAACAACGAAUCAUUGAAUCAUCAUCGCAAACUGGCGAGAAUUUGAAAAAUUCAUUGCUGAAGCAAGGUCGACCAAAAGGAUGGGAAGAGGCCUUAGCUAUGAGAAAUCGUCUACUCGAUUACGAUCGAACAAGCGAAAAACGAACGACCGUAAUUGACGAUGAAAGUGAUUACUUUCGAACAAACUCGGUUUGGUUAUCCGAUGAGGAGCGAGCCAAGUUAAGGAAAAUCGAAGAGAAAAUGAAGCUAAAAAAGCAUGCAAGUCGACGUGAUCAAAAGAUCACCAUCGAUUUUACCGGUCGCCAAAUGAUCGAAGAAGCUGCGAUGAGCACUGAAUUCGAAAAUGAAAUUUUGAAAGAAAUUAAUGACACAUUCACACAUUCCAACCAAGGACUUUAUUCGACCGAUCAACAUUUCGGCAUGAAUUUUGAUAAUUCAGAAGAUUGCGAUCCAAAUUUAUCUGUUCCGGCGCCAAUCUUUGACGAAUCGGUAUUGAUCAAAAUCAAUUCACACAGUUCGAAAUAUGAUGGGGUCUAUAAUCGGGUUCAAGAUAAAGAACUGCUGGAAGUUUCGGAUAUGAAGAAGUGCAUGUCAAUACAUCAACCAUGGGCUUCGUUGCUUGUGGCUGGAAUUAAGAAACAUGAGGGUCGUUCUUGGUACACAUCACAUCGAGGUCGAUUAUGGAUUGCAGCAACCGCCAAAAGUCCAGAUCCAGAAGAAGUGAAAAUAAUGGAGAAUUUCUAUCGCAAACUUUAUAAUGAUGAAUCCAUCGAAUUUCCAAAACAGUAUCCAACUGCAAGUUUAUUGGGAUGUGUUUUAGUUCAAGAUUGUUUACCACAAGAAGAAUACCGUUCAAUUCAUCCAAAUGGUGAAUCGGAAAGUCCAUACGUUUUUAUUUGUUCCAAUCCACAAGAGCUUCCCGUCAAAUUUCCCGUCAGAGGUUUACACAAGAUAUAUAAAUUGGAAGAUCCAAUUCAUAUUGCAGCAGUCAAAUCAUUGCAACGCAUGACAAAGAAGAAGGAAGAAGAGGAUAAAUAAUAAAAUGUUUGUAUUGAAUUGGUUGAAAUUAAAAAAAUAAAAUAAAAACAAACCUUUGAAAACAGGCCAAAUUUUGUUGAAA